GGAAGAAUUGAGUCCAAAAGAAAGUUUAUAAUUUAGUGCCCAGUGGAAUAUUUUAUUUUAUUUUAUUGUUCGGGGGUUUAGAUAACCCUGGUCAAUACUCCAACAUACUAGGGGGCAGUAAUGAACCUUAACGCAAGGUUUUGUUGUUGAAGAAAAAGACGAAACAGAAGAGAAGAGGCGGAGUUAUGUUGGAGGCAAAAGAUUGAGGCACUUUCAUCGUUUGCAGCAAACAAAGACCAAACCAUUAAUUACAUUUCAUUUGGUUGUUGAUAGGGACAGUUAUAUCAAGAAAACAUGGACGGAGGUGAAGACCAAAACAUAAGCACCACCACCAAUGGAAAUCCUCAGCCGAGUGGGAACUCCCGCACACCCCAGAUAGCCCACAUGUCACUGUAUGAGCGACAGGCUGUACAGGCUCUUCAAGCGCUACAGCGACAGCCAAAUGCAGCUCAGUACUUCCAGCAACUCAUGCUGCAGCAGCAGAUCAACAACGCCCAACUUCAUAACUUGGCCGCAGUACAGCAGGCCACACUGGCAGCGAGCCGCCAGUCCAAUACCCCAAACAACAGCAUGUCCCAGGCAACUACCACUGUCAAUCUUAGUGCCACGUCUGCAGUUGGGACGGUAACUAAUACCCGUCCCCAUGGCCCUGUCACCUCUACAACAACUCCAGCACUCAAUCAGUCAGUGUUGCUUGGUGGAAACUCAGCAGGACAGGGACAGAUGUAUCUUCGGGUCAACCGCUCUCUCAGGGCUCCCCUUGCUUCUCAGCUCAUCUUUAUGCCUGGUGGUACAGCAACAGCUACAGUAACAACUGUGGCCCAGACACAACCCCAGCAGCAGCAGCAGCAGCAGCAGCAACAGCAACAGCAACAGCAUGAUGUGGCUCCUACCAGUGCCCAGUCUGACAAUGACCAGGUUCAGAAUCUGGCUCUACACUGUGUGUCCACUCCCAGAGCAGUUUCUGUCAAAUCUGAGCACCCAGAGCGGAAAGAUGGUUCCAGUUUUCCUCUCGGUCAGCAGCAGCAAACUUUCUCCCAGACUGCUCAGCAGCAGCAAGUACAACCACAACAGCAACAACAAAUGGUCAAACCCAAUUUUGCUCAGCAGUCCUCUACCAACACUCUAACUGUUAAAGCUGGAAACCAGGCCAUGACUGUCACCCCUGCUGCUUCUGUAGCUCCCUCCUCCACCUCCUCUGCAGCGCUCCCUCUUUCCCAGCUACUCCUGUCCUCCUCCACUGCCCCUGUGAUCUUGGUGCCCACUUCAAAUGUUUCUACCUCCACUCAGGGCUACCCCAUCGGCUCAGUGACCCAAAAAGCAAACAUGAACACACAGACUCUGGUGGUGCAGCCUCUUCAACAGGCCAGCACCACUGCAGAUAAAGGACCCGUGCCUAUCCAGCCCAAGAUGGCUCAGGGCCACCGUUUACCCUUGCAGUUACCGCCUAGACACCCACCUCCCAUUCUCCCAGCACCACCUAGCAACAGCCAGGCUAUCGCUGGAGGACACAACCCUCCCCACAUCCCCGUGCAGCUUGUAGGAGCCAGGCAGGGCUUAGCUGGAAAUGCUCAGGCUGUGGCCCUGGCACAGGCUCGGGGCACCACGGCACAGGAAAGCUCAGCUGCUGGGAAUGUUAUUACAGCGUCUAACAACAAUGUCAUGACAAAGCCUGUUGUUGGCUCUUUGAAGAGGAAAUCUGACUGCGACGUACCAAAUGACAUGGUGACAGAAUCCUCGGAGUCUGCAACAGUGAAAGACUCGGCACCUCCGUUAUCACCUGCCCCUACAAAGGACUCAGCUCCUCCUGUCACCGCUGCAUUUUCAUCUCCUCCCACCCUGUCCUUACCUGCACCACUGCCAAGAGUCGGGCAUGGGGACAAAGACAGAGCUCCUGUUCCUCAGGCAGUAGUCAAACCUCAAGUUCUCACUCACCUCAUAGAAGGCUUUGUUAUCCAGGAGGGAGCUGAACCUUUCCCUGUCGUAGGACUCCUCAAAGACCGAGAUUUUGCUCUGGUUGGCCGCUCAGAAAACGGACCUCCAUUGUUAAAGUGUGAAUACUGCGGAAGCCUCGCACCAGCCAGUCAGUUCAGAGGCUCGAAGAGGUUCUGUUCAAAUACGUGUGCUAAGAGGUAUAAUGUAAGCUGCAGCCAACACUUCAAGACGAGCAGGGGGAGAAGUGGUGCAGGAAUGACACCACCUCAGUCGUCUUCUGAGAGUGCUGCCAAGCGCAGAGGCCCCUCACGCAGGAAUAGUUCUAAUAUCUCCAGCAAUAAAAUGUCCAGCAGACAUCUACCUGUCAAGUGUCACUCUGAGUCCAGUCGCUCUGAGGACAUGUCCAGUGACGAAGAGGAAGAAGAGGAUGAUUCCCCUUCACUUUCCCCGAGCUCUUCACGCUCCUGCUCCAGAGCAGAGCACAGUGCUCCUCGCUCUGACAGCUCGGCUCCUGGGAGCCUCCCAAUAGAGGGCGCCAACUUUCUCUCAGCAACUCCAGCUCAGUGGGGCGUUGAAGAGGUCUACAGAUUCAUCUCCUCACUUCAAGGGUGUGAAGAGCUGGCUGCUCAGUUCCUGUCGCAGGAAAUAGAUGGACAGGCUCUCCUGCUCCUGCGAGAGGACCAUCUCAUCUCCACCAUGAAUAUCAAGCUGGGUCCUGCUCUCAAGAUCUGCGCCUCCAUCAACAGUCUGCGUGAGUGAAUGCAGCGGGGUGAAUAAGAGGAACAGUUAAUCCAGUUAAAACCUAAGACUGAGAUCUCCUGGGACAGUGAGGGUGGGUUUUUAUCAAUAACAUAACAAUGGUGCUCAGUCCUUUUGUGAGGUGACAUUAGGAUGGACAGUUUACAUUCUGAACAGUGAAUGUGUUAAAGAUAAAUAAACAAACAUCACUGGUCACUUUAUUAGGUACACAGUUCAGAGAUGGUCUUCUGUAUACCUUUGUUGUAUGAGUGGUUAUUUGAGUUAGUGUUGCCUGUUUUUUCCAUUUUCAACCUGUCUGUCCAUUCUCCUCUGACCUCUGGCAUCAACAAGGCUUUUUUGCCUGAGUGCACUGAGUUGCUGCCAUGUGAUUGGCUAUUAGAUAUUUGUGUUCACAAGUAGUCGGACAGGUGUACCUAAUAAAGUGGCCGGUGAGUGUGUGCAUACACGUGUGAGUGGUGAUCCUGGACAGGCGUUUGUCAGUUGUUUCCGUCGCUGUGUGUGGAAAUCUUUUGUAUGUAUCCUGCACUGCCUGUCCUGCAGUAAAUGCCUUUUGGGCAAAGAUAAUGUUGCCUUCUUGCUGUAUUUCAAACAGUGCUUUAACUUUAGUGAUUUGAAUUGUGAUGUCAGCAACCACAUCUUCAUUUCAAUGUUUAAGUCUUUUUCGUAGUUGUUUGUGUUUUUGUACCAUAGAUGUUCAACACAGGCUCCAAUCGCACCAAGCAAAGGACACUCAAAAAAAAAAGGCCUUGUAUUUUAAUUAGUUAAUUUUACCAGCCAUUAAAAGUUUAGUUUUUAUACCUUUUCCAUUUUAUACUACAAUCAAAAUUAUUUUUUCAUGGAUAUGAUCUAGUUUUAGUAGCUUUAAUCAAUCUAACUACCUGAGAAUAGGUAUUUCCUCACAGUUUACUCUGUCCUCAGGGCUAAGUGGAAGUUCUCUGUGUACAUGUAUGCAAUAAUCAUACCAAUAAAAAACUGUUACUGGAA